GUCGGGUGCCUGCCGAACUACCCGCUCUGCAGCCACGACCUGCGCGGCGACUGGGGGCGCCAGAGGCAGAGCGGGCUGAACUACCUGCUCUUUGACUGGCGGAUGCCGCCGGCCACGCAGUUCCUGCAGGGGCUGCUGCGCGCCAAGGGCUGGGUGAACUUCCUGGAGCAGGUGCGCGAGAGAAGGGCCCUCUGCGGCCUGGGGGCCAACGGCCCGACGGCUGACCAGACGACAGACAACGCCGCAAUCCCCAAGGGGCACAGGGCACCAUCCUGUGUAACAACGCUGCUGCUGCUGAUCAUUCCCAUCCUCACGAAGAAGAUGUCCAUCGAGCUGGACAGGAAUGGAGUCCCUCAGUAUGCAGGCCAGCCAGAGUAUUUCAAUGAAUACGAAGAGCGAGCCUGGGAUCUCUAUCAUGGCAGGACUGGCGAGAAGUCUAAGCAGGCCGCGACAGCGCUGCAUCUACGAUCAGGCCUUUCUGGUCCAGCCUACGAAGCAGUGCGCAAGCUCAAGCAUGAGGAGCUGAUAGCUACUGAUGAGUCUGGAGAAUCAAGGCAGGACGGGCUCACUCUUUUCCUCACGACGUUGAAGAAAGAAGUUCAAGAUAUAGCGCCCGUCCGAAGCACCGAGAUUUUCGACAAGGCUUUGUACGGAUCAUCGGUCUGGCGCGACCGCAACGAGUCCAUGGCCAACUACGUGACAAGGAGGCGAAAGGAGUUCGCAGAGUUGCAGGAGGUCAGCGCCACGACUACGAUCUCAGAGGAUAUCCAGGCCGCACUGAUCCUCAGAUUCUGCGGCAUCAGCAUGAAGGAGCAAGCCGCAGUCCUCGCCUCCAACAAGAACGAGUACAAGCUAGCCGGCAUCGAGUAUGCACUGCGGGCUCAGUACCCAGCGGUACAUCGACAUCAGGACCGACGCGCUGAUCGCCGAGAGCGAUCCGCCUACGCUUACGCCGCGUCGGAGCAAGACGAGAACCAGUCAGAGCUCGAUCACAUCUAUUACGAGGACGAGGACGAGGACGGCUACUACCAGGGCGAGGAGGACGACUACGAGCACGGCGAGGACGACGAGUUCGACAUCGAGAACUACGUCGCGGAGAACCUCGACGAGCUUGGCACCGAGGAGGCAGAGGCCCUCGCCCUCGUUCUGCAGAGCCGCAACAAGAUCUUCAACAAGAAGAAGCCGCCUAGGCGAGUGACUUCGAGCUUCCACGGUCGUGGCAAGGCCGGUGGAAGGGGAGGCCGCCGGGGAGGCGGCAAGGGAUUGACAACCAGGUCGCCCGCAGGGCGAGGAGGCAGCAGCAGUUCGAGUAGUGCUGUCCCUGGCUACGACGACCGACAGCGAGAUGCUCGCCGACAGCGCAUCGCCAACCUGAAGAAGCGGACCCAGUGCUCAGACUGCCACCAGUUCGGGCAUUGGCAGGGCGAUGACGUUUGCCCCCGUUGGUCGAGCCGGAAGCUUACAUCAGUGUCUCCAGCGAAGAAGCCCGCUCAGAACUACUUCACGCUCGAGGAGCACGGGGACAACGACGACGACGGCGAGCCGUCCGAGGUCUUCAUGGUUCUGAAGGGCGAGAUGGAGCACGUCUGCGAGCACGUGGCCGACGACGCCUGCGAGAAGCCGUGGAGCUACUUCAUGAAGGCCCUGAUGGGCACGAAGUGGGGCCGCUUCCUGUCCCGCAAGGAGUUCGCGAGGCGACGGACCACGUGCACCUACACCGGCGGCCGCAUCUGCGGCCAGUUCUGCGAGCGCAUCAUCAAGGUCGACUUGACCCAGGGCGACCCCGAGCCGAAGCCGGGGCCGGAGCUGGCCUUCCUGUACGGCAUCCCGCUUCACCAGAGCAUCGAGCUGGUGGAGUUCCCGGAUCUCGACGGCGUCGACCAGCUCAACCCGGUCCCGUACCCAGCGGAGGUCAUCAACUUCGGCACGCACAAGGGGCGAACCUUCCAGGAUGCGGCGUCCGACCCGGCACUCAUCUGGUACAACAAGUGGGCUCUGGACCAGGUCUUGGGCCCCGAGGCGGAGGAGAUCAACCUCCACUUGUACCGCUACGCGUAUUUCCUCUACGCUAUGGUGAAGAUCGCGCGUGGCAAGUUCAACGUUGCCCCGCAGCAGAUGAUCGACGGCGACAAGAGGAGGCUCCCCGCCGACAACGAUUGGAUGGAGGUCAACGCCGGCGGCUUCACCAUCCCGAUUCAGCCCAACAUCCAUCAGCCGGGCGUCAUCUCUACCUACGAGUGCUCGGUCAUGGCCGCCACUACCGGCAAUGCCUUCUCAGCGCGCGACAGCGACGCCGACGCCAUGCUCGCCAUCAUCGACACUGGGUGCACGCGUACCAUGCAAGGUGAGUCGUGGCGGGCAGCCUUCGAGCGUAAGCUCGCGAGGCGCGGUCUACAGGUAGUGAAGACCCCGACCUCUCGUACAUUCAGAGGGAUCGGCAGCCGCACGAGGAGCACCACGGCGGUCCGUUUUCCCGUGGGCAUUGGAGGAAAGUGUGGCGAGAUUCUGUCGUGUGAGGUGCCGGGCGACUGCCCGAUGCUGCUCAGCAGAGACAUGCUCACCAAGCUUGGGCUGAGCAUGCGGCUUUCCACGGAGGGCGAUGUCGCCGACUUUGUCAACAUUGGGGUCUACAACCUGAAGCUCCACCACACUAAGGUGGGCCACCCGGCGGUCAACCUCCUUGACCUGCCGAACGAGAGCUACGAGACGGCCGAGUGGGCGGCGCUGACGAUGCCCGAGGAUCACCACCUCGAGUACUACCCCGAGAAGUUCCACGUCGGCAUCACCUACGUCGAGGAGAGCUCAGUUGAGCCUCUCCCCAGCUUCCUGGACAUCGAGAUCGGCGAGACUACGGACGACGAGUGCCUCCAGACGGUCGUCGACCACGACUACGGACCGGACGUCUUCGCCGCCGAGGCGAUCGAGUGGGGCGGCAAGCGCAACCUCACCAACAAGAAGUCCAAGAAGCUCGAGCAUUCCCUGCAUGCCAUUGCCGUGCAGGAUGAGGUGGUGCAGGCCGUCGUGGAGAAGCAUCCGCCCAGGGCCCGGCUGCCCGCAGGUGCCAGGACAUGGGUCAAGCAGACCUACGAUGGCCAGAUGGGUUUGACAGUGCUCAUGGCCGCAAUGGGCCUCUCGGUCGGCGUCCCACUGGACAAGCACACGGGUUGGGACGCUACCACCAGGCUGGGCAGGCAGAGGUACGACGCGGAGAUCACCAACGAGGAGCCGUACUGCCUCGUGGUCUCGCACCCCUGCUCGCCGUGGGGCAACUGGAGCAGAUUCAACAUGGCCCGUUGCCCGGAGACCGAGAGGAAGAUCUUGGCCAAGCGCGAGGCGAACCGCCCCAUUCUCAGGCAGGUGGGCUCCUCAGUGGACAGCCGAGUGCGGAGGGGCUUCCACGUGGCGCUGGAGCACCCCCAGGGCUCCGAGGCCUUCGACCAGCCGGAGAUGUCAAGGAUUCGUUCUCUCCUGGACAAGGGCAUCCCGAGGAAGGUUACCUUCGACGGCUGCCAGGUUGGGUGCCACGAUGCUGAGUCAGGCUUGGCUCACCGCAAGCCCAUGAUGAUCAAUGCCACUAUGGACACGCUGGUCGAGGCCCUUUCCGACAAGAAGUGUAGCUGCACCCAGCACGAGCAGCUAAAGGGCCGCAACAAGUUCGGGCCGCGCACCCUGCAAGCGGCUCAGUGGCCGGAGGAGCUCAACCACAUCGUCGCCCGCAGCAUCGUACAGCAGGCCAUCGUCGACAACGCCGCGGACACCGACUGGCAGUUCCCUGCAGAGGCCGCUCAGCUCGGCCCCAUCACCAACACCAAGGAGGCCGAGCGGCGCAGGCGAUGGCUGGAGGCCCCGCCAGAGGUCAGGAAGGCCAUCCGCCAGCUCUACGUUAACUUCCACCACUGUUCGAACGUGACGCUGACCAGGCUGCUAAGGCGCCGAGGAGUCAAGCCGGAGGUGCUGAAAUACGUGGAGUUCUUUUCCGGCGACGCCUGUGGCGACGCCGUCCGUCGGCGCGCCCCACGACCUUCGCGGUUGCCAGGUCAGUGCGUGUUCAACUACGCCAUCCAGCUGGACACCUUCCACGCCUACGACGCCGCCGGGACACCCUACUUCUUUAUGAACUGUAUCUGCGAGGGGACGAACUUUCAAGUCGUGUACUGCAUGGGCCCGGCUCGUGGAUCACCGACAGCACGUGCUACUACCAAGGCGUUCACUACCAGCUGGACUCCGUGGGCUGGCUACCCAGAGAAGCUCACGGUGGACCUGGGCACGGAGUGGAUGAAGGAUUUCGCCUCCAACGCGAAGGCGCAUGGCGUGCAGGUCGACCUGGCCCCGUUGGAGACGCCGCACCUCAUCGGCAAGUGCGAGCGCCGCGGGGGCAUUUGGAAGGAGAUCUGGCGACGUACUGUCGCCGACUCGCAGGUCACAGGACUGGGCGACGUCGAGGAGACUGCCUCCAUCGUGACCCAGGUCAAGAACGAGCUGGGCCGACGCGGGGGGUUCUCCCCUUCGCAGUGGGUCUUGGGGUCUCAUGGGCCCCGUGUCCCAGGAAGCCUCCUACAAGACGACGAGGCGCAGCGGUUGGAGGUCAUCGAGGCGUCGCUCGACCCCCAGUCUGCCAUGGCCCGCGCCAUGGCCCUGCGCGAGGCGGCCCGCAUCGCGCACGUCCGCCUCGACUCCGACGACCGCGUCAAUCGCGCCAUCCUGCGCAAGGCGCGGCCUAGCCGAGGCCCUUUCAACAUUGGGGCCAUCGUGUACUUCCGCCGGUCGCAGACCCGAGUCGGCGAGAGCCCCGAGGUCACGCACCGCUGGUUUGGGCCAGCCCGAGUUAUCGGGCAUGAGGUGCGUGACCCACGUCACCUCUCUCGCGACGCGGACGAGCCCGUCGGCACACUGGCCCAUGCAGUGUGGCUGCGCUACGGACACACUACCGUGCUCGCAGCUCCUGAGUCGCUCAGGUUCGCCUCCGAGGACGAGCUGCUCGCCAUGCACACCUACGUGAACCCAGACCUGUUGUCCCUUCGGUCACUGAAGGGGGCCAGGCACUACAUCGACAUCCGGGCCGAUGCAGCAGCAGCCUCGCCCGCCCCGAUGCCCAGGCCGCAACGGCACGCGGCUGGUCACGGAGGGGUGGUUGGGGGCGCGCUCGGAUCUGCCGGACCAGGACCUGACGUAAAUUACGAUUUCGACGAGUUCAACACCGAGGCUGUCGACAAGCCGGUGCCGGACGACGAGAUGGGCGUGGGCCUGGAGCGCGGGGAGAAGCGCGGAGGCCUGUCACUUACCCAGCUGGACAGAGCCAUGCGCGAUCCGGAGCGUCUGGAUCGGGGUUCCAUCAAGAAGCCUCGUACCUUCCAGGGCUACGUGGAGGAGGAGCUCAGCGUCAUGGAGGACGCCCUCCACGAAGUGUUCCUCACCAGCGACUACAAGCCGGACCUGGCUGUCGCCUACGAGUGGCGUCGCACCGACUACGGCAUCAAGAAGUUCAUCACUACGGACAAGCGUGGCCCUCGCUGGUCCAAGGUGCUUCGCCGCAUCACCAGAGACAUCAAGACAGGCAUCGUGAUCGAUGACAUCGACGUCAGAGGUCUUGCUCUUCACGAUGCUCGCCUUCGUCGGCUUCUGCCUGGUGGCACCACCGCGGUCGAGGCCAUCUUCGUUCACGCCGACGAGGACGUGGGCACGAACGACACAGUCGAGUUCGCCUAUCUGACCAAGGGCGCGGUCCGCUCCGAGAUCAGACUUCAAGACCUCGCCCCAGAGCAGAGGAAGGAGUUCGAUCAGGCUAUGGCCAAGGAGUGGCGCAGCUGGACUGAGUUCCAGGCCGUCGAGGUGCUGAGCUUUAGCCAGGCCAAGGAGCUCCUCGACAGGGGUGCUUCCCCAGUUGGGACGCGCCGGGUCCACACGGACAAGAACGCUAAGAAGCGCAACCUCAAGCAGACCUAUGACGACAUCCCGCUCGCUGCCAAGAGUCGGCUCGUCGUGCAGGGCUGCCAGGAACGAGGAGAUGAUAUCCGAGGCGACGCUCCUACUGCUAGCCUUUUGGCUUUCCACCUGGUCGCCAGCUACGCUGCCUCCCACCGGUGGCAGAUAAGGGCAGCUGACGCUGCGACGGCCUACCUGCAGUCCAAGGGCAUUGAGCGCAUCCUGCUUCUCCGAGCCCCUCGUCCUCCACCACCUGGAGUUCCGGAGGGGUCCUACAUGCGCGCCCGCGGCGCAAUCUACGGCAUCAAGGACGCGGGCAGGCAGUGGUGGCUGCAUGUGCGCGCCAUCCUCGUGGAGCAGGGUUGGCGCGAGUCCAUCUACGAGCCCUGUAUGUUCAUGCUCAGGGACAGCAAGGGCAAGCUCAACGGCUUGCUGUGCACGCACGUCGACGACCCCUUCGUCGCGGGCGCGGGCGAGCAGUUCGAGCGCGUGAUGGAGAUCAUCAAGGACAAGAUUCGCCUUUCCUUCCAGUCCGACACGUUCAGGUACUGUGGCAAGGUCGUGGAGCAGGACAACCAGACUUUCGACAUCAAGAUCGGACAGGCCGCCACGGUCGAGGCGCUGGAGUACAUCACCCUCGAGCCGCACCGCCGGCGCAAGCCCAAUGCGCCACUCACCCCGGAGGAGAUUUCUGCCCUCCGUAGCGGUGUUGGGUCGCUUGGCUGGGUAGCACGGCAGACGCGCCCCGACCUGGCCGUCCGCGCUUCACUUGGGGCUCAGGCCAUGAGUGGCCCCAAGAUUCGUGACAUUGUUGCAGUGAAUCGUGCCAUCAAGAUGGCUAAGGGCGACGUUGAUUUCAAGCUGAUUUUUUCAUCCCGCCUGGACUGGGACAGUGCCAUUGUGUUCGGCUGCGGGGACAGCAGCCAUGGCAACAUUGACGACCUUACGCUAGGAGAGAAGGUCAAGUCGCAGUGCGGCUAUAUCAUCGGCAUGGCGUCGCCCGACCUCGAGACGGACGCCACCGCGAUCAUACAUCCACUGGAAUGGGCUAGCGCGACGAUCAAGCGAGUGGUUCGUGGAUCGCUAGCGGCUGAAUGCAACGGUUUCUUGACGACAGCUGAGAGUGCGGAGUUCCUCAAGCACGUGAUUGCCGAGAUAUCCGACCCCGGCUACUCAUCCUACCAGUUCGACCCGUUUUUCGAUGGCAAGCAUCUGCUACUGCUGACGGACGCGAAUGGCCUUGUCACCUCCCUGGAGAAGGAUGGUGGUCAGCCCGCUGACAAGCGAGUGCGGAUCCUGAUGGCCCAGAUCCGACAGCUGCUCGGCCAUGACAUGCUGAAGCAGGAGCGAGAGGGAUAUGACUGGAGGAUACGUGUCAGGUGGAUCGACACGAAGCUGAUGAUCGCGGACUCUUUGACGAAGGCCGAGGCCGAGAGGAGUUUCUUGCUAGAGCGGCUGUCUGAGGGCCGCUGGUGUUUAGCGCAGACGAAGGAGAUGCUCGCUGCUAAGGCAGCGGCAGGCGAGGCGCGCCGAGCCCGCAAGGCCCGGCCUGGCAAUGCGGAGGGGUAG